UUAACCCGAAGAAGAAUGGAAGGAGAUGCUGCGGCCGCUGUCCUUCAAGUUCUAGUUCAAAACCUCAUCGACCACUCCAUGAAAGAGUUCUCACUUGUCCGAGGCCUCAAAAAAGAAGCAGAAAAGUUAACUGAAAGUCUGGACACAAUCAAGAAAUUCUUGAACGAUGCAGAGAUGCGUACUAUUCCCGGUGAGGCUGUCAAAAGCUGGCUCAAGAUGCUUGAAAACGCGGCAUUUUAUGCUGACAAUGUUUUGGAUGAGUUCAGCUAUCAUCAGCUCUGCAAACAAAUCAAGCCCAUCAAACCGAUGAAACAAAAGGUACUUUCAUGCUUCUCAUCAUGUGUUAAUCUUUCACAUUCCCGAAGUAUGGCUAUUAGAAUCCAAGAAAUCAAUGAGAAAUUGAAGUCCAUUAACAACGAGGCUACCGACCUUGGCCUCAAGGAGACGCUUGCCACCAAUGUGUCACAUUUGCCUGAUGCUACUUUUGAAACUGACUCAUUCACUCUUGUUCCAAUUUUUAUUGGACGAGAUAAGGAGGUGUCAGAUAUAGUUGAGAUGCUUACCGCUUGUAUCACAUCUGACGAACGUGUUUGCAUCAUUUCCAUUGUGGGAAUGGGAGGAUCAGGGAAGACAACUUUGACUAGGAAAGUCUUUCAUCUUCUAAAAGAAAAAAAAGUGUUUGGAUCACAUAUUUGGGUGCAUGUUUCUCAAAUUUUUGAUCCAGUUCUUCUUCUCAAGAAAAUUCUCAAAGAGUUGACUUCUUCUGAUCAAGUUGAAGUAGAGAGUAGGCAAGGAAUUCUCAACAAGAUUCAAGAAGCUUUGAAAGAUAAGUCUUAUCUUCUUAUUCUUGAUGAUGUUUGGAAUGAAGAUCGUCCCACAUGGGAUGGUUUUAUCCAGUCCUUGUUGGGCGUCAGUUCUAAUAAGGGAAAUGCCAUUGUUGUUACCACUAGAAAAGCGAAGGUGCCUACAACUGUGAGUGCAAUUCAUACACAUGAGCUUGAAGGAUUAUCAAAGGAAGAUUGUUGGUCAAUAAUCAAAGAAAGAACCUUUGGAAAAGAGAAAGUUCCUUUAGGAUUUGAGGCCAUCGGGAUUGAAAUUGCUGAAAAAUGUCAAGGUUUGCCAUUAGCUGCCAGCGUAGUCAGUGGAAUACUACGCGAUAAAAAAUCUGAUGAAGAAUGGCACUCGAUCAAAGAGAAUUGGCUUUCAAGCGAUGAAGGAGGUUAUAUCACAAAGAUAUUGAAGUUGAGCUUUGAUAAUUUGUCUCUACCAUCACUCAAGAAGUGUUUUGCAUAUUGUUCGAUUUUUCCGAAAGGUCAUAGAAUCAAAAGGAGGGAAUUGAUUGAGUAUUGGAUGGGAGAAGGAUUUCUUGUAGCUUAUGAAAGCAAUGGCAUGGAAUCUGUGGGAGACAAAUAUAUCAAUGUUCUUAUACACAACUCAUUACUGCAAAUUGUAGAAAGAGAUGAUUAUGGAAAUGUGGAAAGUUGUGUGAUGCACGAUCUUGUGCAUGAUCUUGCAUUUUCUGUUUUAGCCGGUUCUCAUAAUGCAGAUGGCAUAUCCCCAGUUCGAUACAUGCUUUUCGAAGAAAAAUCAAUUGAUGUUCUAAAACAAAAUGCAAAAUAUUUGCGGACUCUAUUAUCCAUGGAUCAUAGCAGCAUGUUCUCAGACUUUGAAAGUCUUCGUGUUUUGACUUUGGGAAGUGGUACAGUUGAGGAGUUGCCAAGUUCAAUCAUGAAGUUGAUUCAUUUGAGAGUUCUUGAUAUUAACAGAUCAAGCAUUGAACAUCUUCCUGAUUGGAUUGGUAAACUGGUUCACUUGCAAACAUUGAGAGCAGAUGUAUAUGGUUUAAAACAACUUCCAAGUACUUUGAAGUACCUGACUAACUUAAGGCAUCUUUAUAUAAGGCGAUAUGUACAGUUGCCUGCCGGGAUUGGGAAAUUAACUUCUCUCCAAACACUGGAGUAUUUUAAUGUUGGUGACAAAGAUGGAUGGAAAAUCGAAGAGCUUGGAAGUUUGAAUGGUCUCAGAGGAAAACUGGUAAUUUCAAAGCUUGAAAGGGUUGAAAACAAGGAAGAGGCAAAGAAAGCAAGUCUAUCUGCAAAGUCAAAAUUAUUGGAGUUGUGUUUGACAUGGGAUGAAGAUAGAGAAGGUGAAAUUACAAGUGAUGAGAAUGUGUUGGAAGGGCUUCAACCUCACACAAAUUUGAAGAAGUUAGAGAUUGAAGGAUACAAGGGAAAACGAUUUCCAUUAUGGACUCGAAAGAUGGAAGUUGAAAAAGUGGGUGAAAUCUCUUGUGUACCACUUAACAAUUUGACUGAGAUAUAUCUCGUACGCUGCUAUAAAUGUGAAGAAAUCCCAAUGUUUGGGCAGUUGCCAAAUCUCGUGACGCUUUGGUUGGAAGAAUGGUUUAAUUUGAAGUCAAUAAGUUCUUCAUUCUAUGGAUUAGAGAAAGGGGAGACACGUAUUGUUUUUCCAGCUCUCAAAAUACUCGUAUUGGCGUUUAUGAAUGAGCUAACAGAGUGGGCAGAAGUAGAAUCAAGUGACGUCAAGGUAUUUCCUCAGCUCCAACGCUUGAAGAUAGAGGAGUGCCCCAAAUUGAAAGGAUUUCCACGUGAAAUGAUAGGAUCCUCGCUCGAGAAUCUGGUGUUGGACAGUAUGAGUAGCCUAGAGAAUCUACCUGGAAUAAUUGAUUGCCUCAGUUUGAUGAAGUUGAAGAUAAAGACGUGUUCAAAUUUGAAGGAGUUGAUUAUAAAGGAGUGUCCAAAUUUGAAGGAGUUGAAUAUAAAGAAGUGUCAAAAUUUGAAGGAGUUUAUUAUAAAGGAGUGUCCAAAUUUGAAGGAGUUGAAUAUAAAGAAGUGUCAAAAUUUGAAGGAGUUGAUUAUAAAGGAGGAGUGUCCAAAUUUGAAGGAAUUGAUUAUAAAUGAGUGUCAAAAUUUGAAGGAGUUGAUUAUAAAGGGAUGUCCAAAUUUGAUUGUGUUGAUUAUAAGUGUUUGUCCAAAUUUGAAGGAGUUGAUUACAAAGGAGUGUCCAAAUUUGAAGGGGUUAUAUAUAUAUGAGUGUCCAGAUCUGAAGGAGUUGAUUAUAAAGGAGUGCCUUGAAAGCUUGAAUAUUGUGGGAUGCAAUGCUUUGCAGUAUUUUCCAUGUGAAAUGAUAGGAACAUCCAUUGAGAGACUGGAAUUGGAGAAAAUAGGUAGCCUCAAGAAUCUACCUGAAAUAAUUGAGUGCCUCCGAAAAUCGCCCCAUCUAACACAUUUGAUAAUUAGGGGUGCUCCUCAAUUCAUGCCCACUUGUUUAGUUGAUAUCCUACCUUGUUUUAAUAGCUUGGAAUGGUUGGAAUUAGAUGCAAGUAUGGGGGGAUCAAUUGAGAGUGUUGAUGCCUUAUUGCAAGCAUGCAGAAGAAGCUCUCACUCACUUCAACAUUUAGAAUUCAAGGGGAUCAAAGGUAGUAGUUGGGUAAAUCUGGUAGAAUCACUUCAACAUCUCACUGCUCUUAAUUACUUGUACUUGGAGACUAUUGGAAUGGAAAGCUUACCUCAAUGGUUAAAGAGUAUGAAUGCAAGGCGUCGCUCAGAUUACAACAGUUAUAUCCACAUUAAUGGAGAACGAAUCUAUAUGCCGUUGACAGAACUACUUACAUUGCUGAAUUCGGGUAACCCUACUGCUGAAGUAGAAGAAGUUGAAGAAGAAGCUGAAGUUGAAGCUAAAGAUGAAGAAGCUGGAGAAGCAGCUGAAGCUAAAGAAGAAGAAAGUAAAAGGGGAAAUGAUUUGUGUUUGAGUUUGAGAUGCUUCCAAAGAGCGAGGAGGUGAAGAAGGAACUAUUGUCCAAUGCACAUUUCUUCAAAUUCACACCGGUUUGACUGAAGAAGGUGGAGCAGAGAUUUGUGUUAGAGCAGUGUCGUAUUUGCAUACCAAGAAAGUUUGACGGCUGUACUCUUUUUAUCCCUGGUGUUAUUGCAUGACAGUUUGGAUUGAUUUUGUUGUGUUUUAUCGAACAAGAUCCUAUGUUUCUGUAGUUAUGUCUUGGUCUUCUGUCUGACUAUUAGAUUAUUGUCGCUUAUAUUUGGUGAUGGAUUCAUGGUUUUCAUU